ACUUUACAAUGUGAUAUAAAUGUAUUUUGGAAUGCUGCUUAGAACUGUAUUUUCUUUUAGAGAGCAAAAUGCAAACAGUGGGUGGAGUUCCUCUUUGAAGGAGAGUAUGUUUCCUGGCGCCAGUACUUAAGAUGGCUGACUUUGCUUCACACCGGGCCAUGUGACCUAUGAGUCACGUGGCAGACAUGUACAGUUGCUGAUUUUGAACUUCCUGGAAGAAUAACAAUGAGUGGUUCUAUCAGCGACUGACAGAUCAAAGUUCAGAGCAGAAGGUUAUUAGAUCUGAGCAGCCAGCGUCUCCUCUCUGCAGCCAAACGGGUGCUGGGGGUCAUAUCCCCAGGGAGUUGGCAGUCCUUCCACAAACAAACCAUGUCUGUGUUUUUGACCCUGGCAACUGACCCUGCCGCUGACUCCCCUGUCUGGUGACGGGCCCUAGAGACAACCCCUCUGCCCUCUUUGGUUCGAGGAAAUGCAGGAACGUGCUUAGCAAAACAAACAAACAAGGUGCUGCGGGGAGUCCAAUCUACAACCUGUGUUGCUGGAAUGUGCCGGAGGCAAGAGAUGGACUAUCAGAAGACUGCGGCUGAUGUUGCGCAAAAGAUUUUAUCGUACAGCCAAGACACAUCAGGGUGGAAAGUCUCCAAGUCAACAAAAAAUAUAGUUGUCUCCUGGAAACCAUCCAAGGAAUAUUCCGGAAAUAUAUACCGUGGAGAGGGGAUAAUCGAGGAAACCCCAGAGAAGCUCGUCCCAUUUCUGUAUCUUGCGGAGUACAGGUCCAAGUGGGACAAAGCACUGCAGUUUUAUGACAUUUUAGAGCAUAUUGACAAGGACACAGUGAUCUGCCACUCUAUAAGCCAUAGCUAUGGGAUGGGUCUAAUUUCAUCAAGAGAAUUUAUUGAUCUGGUACAUAUCAAGAGAUAUGAUGAAGGCGUGAUCACUACUAACUCUAUAAGUGUGGACUAUGCAGGCUGUCCGGUAUCUAGCUCACACGUCCGAGGCUUUAAUAAUCCAUGUGGAUAUGUCUGUUCCCCGCUCCCUGAGAAUCCAGAGCAUUCCAAACUUGUCGUUUUUAUCCAGCCGGAGCUAGGAGGUUUGCUUCCUCGUUCAUUGGUGGAAACGGCCCUUCCAAACAACGUCUUCAAUCUCAUCAAAGAUACCAAAGAAGGAGUGAAAAAGCUUCUCCCUUAAAUAACAGUGAGGGGAUUACCAGGCAGGGAAGACUUCUAAGCACGUGUAACGGACACUGCUCUUCUACUUCAGAAGAAGUAUGGCGAGAUAUAUCAAUAUUCAAAAAAUCUUUCUAAUUUUUCUCAGCAAAUUUUAUCCUGAGAAACAUCGUGGAACAUUUCUCGACUUUUCUCUUUUACGUUCUCGGGUAUUUCUCAAGCGUGGAAAUGCCGGAGAAAUAUUUUUGACAGUUCUGCAAAGUCCCAAUAAUGGUGCAGCAACCGGGGGAUUCUCAUAUAGAAAAACUUUCAUCCAAGAUGCGCUCAUUGGUUUGGAAGGAUCGCAGUAGAAAAAUCGAUAUAUAGACAAAAAAUGUUGAUCCGCUGGAAAAAAUAUUGUUUCUUCAGCUCACAAUCCAAAUACCUCAACGUUACGUCGGACCUCAGCGAAGCCGGAUCCACCAGAAAUACUGAUUACCUUCAUUUGUUUACAGAAAACAAAGCUGUACCUCCCUGUGUACUGUAGUCAUUCCAUAGCGUUCAGUUGCACGUUUAUACAAUGGUGGGUCCACCUUCCUAUAAGGCAGUAGAAGGGAUAGGGUUCUAGGUUUACCAAACCCAGAUAUGGUGCUUUGCCUUCAGAGGAUUUUAAAGGGAAUGGAAAAUUUGCAAACGACAUAGAACUGAGAUUACUGUUAUAGAGUCAUGCUGUCCAGCUGCAGGCUGAAUGGGGCCCUCCUAGGAUUUAUGUUUUUGGCCCCUAUACUUCCAUAAAGUUCUUUGGAUUACAGUGAA